GUCAUAGGUAUGUUUUGAGUCUACCGAUCUUCAGAGUGGUCGACUUCGCCUCUACGCCUUGUGUUUAUACUUUUCACUUGUUGUCCCUGUUUACCUGAAGACUAAAUGUGGUGAAAGCAAAAAGUCUAUCGAAGACUUUAAAUAAUGUUGCCCAUUUAGGAUCCAAUCCACCUACAGUUAUGGCCGUUGCGAUGGCGGUAGCGACGACUACGACAAAUCAAUGGCCGCCUAGACCACAGCGUUGCAGCAGUGGCGGUGGACCUAAGUUUAAACUAAUCCACGAAGGAGAUAUUCAAGUUUGUCGACUUAAUCACAGCCGAACUCUCAUAAGUAAAGUUCUAAGCUCAAAAUUUUUACGACGUUGGGAGGCGCAUCAUGUUUUUUUGGGAGACUUUCAAAUGUAUUCAGCCACGUAUAUGGGUUUCAUGGAUAACCCUGUUUGCUACCAAGAAAUCCAGGAUGUAUACACAGUCAAUAGAUGGGAUACUGGCCAACAUUUCUGUAUCAGAAUCACUAUCCCUGAUGGUUCUGUCCUGCUAAGGGCCUCUAAUGCAUAUCUACGGGAUCAGUGGUUACAUUCCUUAAAAUGGAAGGUGAAUCUACAAAGAUAUAAAAGACUGCUAUCGAAGACAAAUGACCCAGAUGCCCUAAUGAGGGAGUUGAAGGAAUUAGUGAUGUUUUCACUCACAACCCCGCUUCAAGAUGAUGUCAUCUUCACCGUCCCAUUGAAAAUUGUUUCUGAAAUUUUAGGAAAUCAUUGUGAGAUAUUUGCUGAUAAUGUACAAGAACGUUUGAUUGUGGCUCUGGCUCCCAUCUUAGAGUAUGUUCAACCUUCCCCAGAAGUCUGCACUUUCUUCAGCAAGCACUGUAAAGGGCAAUCUCAGUUUAGAGAUGUCAAUCACAUGUUUGAACCCGCAAUACACAGAAUACUCAAACAUAACAUGGACUUUGGUAAAUUUCCACACUUAAGGAUGUUCGUCACAGAUUACAUAUUUACUUUAUAUUGUAAAAAUGAACAUGCUAAAGAUGUCAGAGAUUUUGUUAAAAGCAUGCACAGUCCCGGUGCGGCUUGCCCUCAUCCCAGAGUAUUGCCCAAUCUUGUUGCGGUAGUGCUGGCAGCUGUCUACUCGACCUUUGACCAGCCAAAUGUCCUUGUUCAAGUAGAUGAAGUCAAUGUCAAAUUUCUACUCUGUUUUAUGACUGUUCUUGAUACAUGCGCACAGUAUGAGGACUGGCGUCCAAGCCUCGCUACUCUUCUUCAACCUAUUCCAUUCCCAAAACAAGCACUUCGGAAUGAAACAUUUACCUUAUAUCUGAGUGGUGUCAUCAAGCUGUUUGCUGAGGACUCGCGAUGUGAGGUCCAUCAGUCCAUUCUUCCUGUUCGAAAAGGCAAAGAUGGGUGGAUCGACAUCUUCUGCCCUGGGGGUGUCUCAUGUUUUGAUGAAGGACACUUUUUCUCUCUUAUUAUGACAAGAUAUCUCAACUGCUGUGGGAGGCGCAAGAAGACGCUAUUGGAGAUCAAAGACACCAUGAUGGGACCCAUAAUGCUGCUGGCUCUGAGAGGGGACAGUGCCUUUAUCCAGACGCUCGCCUUCAUGCUUGACGUCGACCUUCUCGAGGAAGAAGAUGAAAAGUUGCAGAUUGUUUCAACACUCGAAAGCACCGAAGAAGGACGGGAAAUAUACGAGAAUCUCUGCCAGAAGAGGGAUAAGUUUAGAGAAAUGAUUGAAAAAGGGGGACCAGCAGUGCUCACGUUACCAACGAAGUCAACAGAUGAUGACCUGGCGCGUUUAUUGACAUCCGGGUCAUUUGGCAAUGUGCGCAGCCUCAACCUCGCUUUCACGCAUGUAACCAGCGCAUGCGCAGAAUAUCUUGUCCAACUUCCAGCUCUGUUGCAUUUGAACCUUUGGUCGACACAGUUCGGCGAUGUCGGUCUGCAGCGAGUGGCGGAGCAUCUACAUAGCCUAGAGUCACUAAAUCUAUGUGAGACGCCUGUCACAGAUGAAGGGCUCGCCUCGUUGAUCGUCAUGACCAGCCUGAAAAACCUGAAUCUCAACAGCACCAAGCUCUCGCCCGCCAUGUUUGAACGGCUCAAGAAACUUCCAAAGCUCGAGGACAUCGACGUCCGUUACACUGACGUAUGAGGUGAUUGCGUUACUCAUGGGAUCUUACAAAUUGACAUCAUCCGGGAAAUGCAAUGUCACGCAAGAAUGCAAUCUUUGCGUUUUGAAGAAUUCAUCCAGAAAAUGACAGUCUUAUAGGAUUACAAUCUGUAGAUGACAAGAAGAUUACGAUAUCGCUGUGGUGCUUAGUCAAUCGUAUUUAUAUGUUGCGGUUGUUUGAUUUGAGCAAUCAAAUGAUUAAACACCGAAGGAGUUGAGUAACAGUCCAAUCUUAAAAUUUAUCCAGCGUUCGCUCAACUCGAAUUUUAAUUACUGCUAAAAACUAAAAGGAAGUAAAACGUUUAAACAUGUGACAGCUGGCGAACAACUCGUAAGUACUCAACGUGAUAUUUUGGCGGGAACAGUAUUGGCAGGAAGUACGUUUAUGCCAUAUUUGGAGUACGUUAUGCCAUAUUUGGAGUACGUUUAUGCCAUAUUUGGAGUACGUUAUGCCAUAUUUGGAGUACGUUUAUGCCAUAUUUGGAGUACGUUUAUGCCAUAUUUGGAGUACGUUAUGCCAUAUUUGGAGUACGUUAUGCCAUAUUUGGAGUACGUUUAUGCCAUAUUUGGAGUACGUUAUGCCAUAUUUGGAGUACGUUUAUGCCAUAUUUGGAGUACGUUUUUGCCAUAUUUGGUUGUGGUACACGCUGGUGACUAUCCGGAAAUUAAGUUGUGCGGCGAUUAAGAACGGGAAAUCUAUUUACAAAUGAAGCAGCAUAAUGUUUUUCCUACUGUGGUACUUGGGAGUUGCUUGCAUGUCACAUCAAAUUAAUCUGUUCUUUUUACACGUUCAAAGUUCCUUAUAUGUUUUCUCCAACGUUUGAACUAAUAUUCAUAGAAAAUAGUAGAAUUUUAAAGAAGAGAAUAUAUAUAUACAUAUUAUUCAGUUAAAUGUAGAUGUUUUGAGCAUUUGUUAGUAAAUUACAAAAGGAGCCUAUGAUAGUUGCUUUCAGGCGUGAUAUUUUUAGUGUGCCCAAAAAUGUAUCGAAAAAAAACUUACGACAAGUUAAAAAAAAAAAAGGAUUGAUCUUGUCAGACCCCUUUCACCUCCAGCUAUACAAUAUCCUAAAGCUGGUAGUAAAAACGGGAACAUUCGAUCUCCUGUCUAAGGUCAAAUAUAGAUGAUACAAUUGGCACUUAAUUUGAUUUCUAAAACAUUUGCGCGCUGUGAAACAAUCAACACUAUAGUAUCAUACGUAGUAUAGUCGUGUCUCAUAAAGUGUGUGCUAUGAAAUAUAAUUUUUCCUGCUAAUUAAAAUUAUUGUUGGUUCGCAAAAUACUGUUAGUUGUAUACUUUUUUCAAUAAGUGACAAACACGAAUACCAAACCAAACUAUUCGUGAUUUUAUUUAGUUUUGUGAAUCACCCAUAACAAGUAAAUUGUAGAAAGUUUAUGUACAUAAGAUUAAGUUAUUACAAAUAGUAAUGUAUUAGUGUGUUUGCAUUAGAAAUUGAGAAAAUAAAGUUGAAUGUCAUCGGAA